AAAAUCUCUGCGUUCAAUCCAAUGGCUCCUCUCUCUUUCCUUUUCCUCCUCUCCUUCGCCCUACUACGGCCGGCUUCAGCCGCCGCGGAAGGCGGCGUUCUCGACGGAUUUACAGAGGAUCCGUUGAUCCAGCAAGUGGUGUCCGACGGCGUCGAAGUCGUUGAUGAGUUGCUGCACGCGGAGCACCAUUUCUCGCUGUUCAAAUCCAAGUUCGGGAAGACGUACGCUACUGUGGAGGAGCACGACCACCGAUUUUCGGUGUUCAAAGCUAAUCUGCGCCGCGCGAAGCGUAACCAGCUGCUGGAUCCUUCAGCUACUCAUGGAGUGACAAAAUUCUCGGAUUUGACCCCCGAAGAGUUUGAGAGGAGCUACUUGGGGCUCCACAAGCGCCGGCUGAAGGUUCCGACGGAUGCAAACAAGGCUCCGAAUCUUCCUACCAGUGAUUUGCCGGAGAACUUUGACUGGAGAGAUAAAGGAGCCGUUACUGGCGUCAAGGAUCAGGGUUCCUGUGGAUCAUGCUGGUCUUUUAGUACAACUGGCGCACUUGAAGGUGCACACUAUUUGUCGACUGGGGAACUCGUAAGCCUUAGUGAGCAACAGCUCGUGGAUUGCGACCAUGAGUGCGAUCCGGAGCAAGUCGGCUCCUGCGAUGCAGGUUGUGACGGUGGAUUAAUGAACAAUGCCUUGGAAUACACGCUCAAGGUCGGCGGACUUGAAAAAGAGAAAGAUUAUCCCUACACCGGUUACGGUGGCAAAUGCAAAUUCGACAAAAGCAAAAUCGCUGCUUCGGUGUCCAACUUCAGCGUUGUUCCUGUAGAUAGCGACCAAAUGGCCGCAUACCUGGUUAAGCACGGCCCUCUUGCAGUUGGAAUCAACGCAGUUUGGAUGCAAACCUACAUUGGAGGCGUUUCGUGUCCCUUAAUUUGCUCGAAAAGAAUGUUAGAUCACGCUGUUCUUAUUGUGGGAUAUAACGCUGCUGGCUAUGCCCCUCUUCGAUUCAAGGACAAGCCGUAUUGGAUCAUUAAAAACUCGUGGGGUGUGAACUGGGGCGAGGAUGGAUAUUAUAAGCUCUGCAGGGGACACAACAUGUGCGGAAUCGAGUCUAUGGUCUCCACCGUGACGGCUGUUCCCGUUAGCACCAACCCUGUUGUAUCCAACUAGAAGCAGCGUUAAAGCACGCCGUGUUAUCGCUGUGCAUUAGUCGCGCAUAUUUAGUGUCGAAAGCCCUUUCGACUCGUGCUUACUAUCUAUUCUAAAGUAAGACACACCGUAAUCGUAAUUCGCUGCUCUCAGGUAAUGUAUUUCUGUAUGUAAAAUAUCAUUGCAUCCUUUCAAACUUAUAUAGACGCCUAGCUGUAUUUA